GCGGGAGGGGUGGGGGGGCGCCUUAGCGACCCGGCCUUUCCUUUAGUUUUUCCCUUUCUCGCCCCCGCGGAGGCUUUCCGGAAGGGGCUUGCGCGGGGUAUCUGGCGCUGAAGUGGCCGAGCUGUCGGGAGGGGCCUGAGUGGGCGCUUCGAGGACCCAAGAUUGUCUAAAGCCACAGGGAAAAUGGUGGAAAAUUCACCGUCGCCAUUGCCAGAAAGAGCGAUUUAUGGCUUUGUUCUUUUCUUAAGCUCCCAAUUUGGCUUCAUCCUGUAUCUAGUGUGGGCAUUUAUUCCUGAAUCUUGGCUAAACUCCUUAGGAUUAACCUAUUGGCCUCAAAAAUACUGGGCAGUUGCAUUGCCCGUCUACUUCCUCAUUACUGUAGUAAUUGGUUAUGUACUCUUAUUUGGAAUAAACAUGAUGAGUACCUCUCCACUCAACUCCAUUCAUACAAUCACAGAUAACUAUGCUAAAAAUCAACAGCAGAAGAAAUACCAAGAAGAGGCCAUCCCAGCAUUAAGAGAUAUUCCUAUUAGUGAAGUAAACCAAAUGUUCUUCCUGGCAACUAAAUAACUUUAUGCCAAAAACUAAAUUGUAUGUAGACUAACACUGAGCAUUUACUAUAAUUUUUUAUAUAAUAAUUUUGACCAUAAUUAUUUUGACUCUCUCGUACCCAAUAUUGAAAUGUAAACAAAGUAAGUUGAUUCUUUUAGAUUAAGUUAUAUUAAUGUUAUAAAAGUUCUUGAGUAUUAGUUAUUAACAGAAUAAAUAAAAUGCUGCAUUACCAUAUAGCAGACUUGUUAAAAAAAAUAAGUAUCAGUAAAAACAAGAAGUCCCUCCGGA